GCACGGUGCAGCGGCGGAGCCUUCCAAGGCCCCCUCGCCUCCGCCUCCACCUCCACCUCGAUCUCAUCGACGUCUCUCGCGGCUUCGCCAGCACUGUUAUAAUCGCUCGCUGUCUUGUGCUCUUGCUCCCUCGAUACCGACUCCUCGCUCCGCCUCCCGAGCCCUCAGUCCUCAGCUCUCGCUCAGGGUUUCUGGUUGAUCAUGGACUCCAUUCUCGUCAGCAAGCCUGUGGUUCCUUUUCCUAUAUUGUAUUGUUUCAUGGAAUAGUUGCAUUGGUUUUGGCUGGACUGUUCCUUCAACCUGCUGGAGGAAUAAAAGGCUCACAAUGUAAGCUUGGUGUGGGACAUGCUGCCAACUUCUGCAAAGUAUAUUAUCCUAGAAAGCCAACUUCUUAUGCAGCCAAGAGAUCUACAAAUUAUGGAAGAGUGCUGAAUGAAAUUCGUCGUGAUGAAAAGAUUCUUGUGGCCAAUAGAGGAGAAAUUGCAGUCAGAGUGAUCCGAACUGCACAUGAAAUGGGUAUACCUUGUGUAGCUGUUCAUUCUACUAUUGAUCGGGAUGCUCUUCAUGUGCGGCUUGCAGACGAUGCAGUCUGUAUUGGUGAAGCCCCUAGCAAUCAAUCGUACUUGCACAUUCAAAAUGUUUUGUCUGCUGCAGUUAGUCGUGGGUGUACAAUGUUGCAUCCUGGUUAUGGUUUCUUGGCUGAGAAUGCUCGCUUUGUUGAUAUGUGCAGAGGACAUGGAGUCAAUUUUAUUGGACCAAAUCCAGACAGCAUUCGGGUAAUGGGCGACAAAUCUACAGCUAGAGAAACAAUGAAAAAAGCUGGUGUUCCUACUGUACCAGGAAGUGAUGGACUUGUGCAGUCAACAGAAGAGGCUGUGAAGCUUGCCCAUGAAAUUGGUUUUCCUGUCAUGAUCAAGGCAACUGCUGGUGGUGGAGGGCGUGGAAUGAGAUUAGCUAAAGAACCUGAUGAGUUUGUGAAGCUGCUACAGCAAGCUAAGAGUGAAGCUGCAGCUGCAUUUGGAAAUGAUGGAGUGUAUUUGGAGAAAUAUAUCCAAAAUCCAAGACAUAUUGAAUUUCAGGUAAGGUAUCCAUGUAUUGUCUAGUCCAAAAAAUGAAGG